GCCAACGUCUGGAUUUCUAAACAAGUUGUGAACGUCCUCGAUCGGAAGACUUUUCUGUUUAUAGCCGGCGUAACUUCUACAGAAAAUGGACGAUUUUCAGUCUGGAGAAGAGACUGCGUUUGUUGUGGAUGAAGUUUCUAACAUUAUCAAGGAAGCCGUUGAGGGAGCUAUUGGUGGCAAUGCUUACCAACACAACAAAGUUAACCAGUGGACGUCAAAUGUUGUCGAACAAUGCCUCAACCAGUUGACUAAAUUAGGAAAACCAUUCAAAUAUAUUGUCACAUGUGUGAUAAUGCAAAAAAAUGGUGCUGGUCUUCACACAGCAAGUUCCUGUUUCUGGGAUAAUACAACUGACGGUAGCUGCACUGUCAGAUGGGAAAACAAAACCAUGUACUGUAUCGUUAGUGUUUUUGGUCUUGCUAUCUAAGGAAAGAACACACCUCCUAUAUAUUGAUCUGUUGUACAGAGGAACAUAUCCAAAAUGAAGACAACUAUGAUAGUAGGGAGGAUCCAGAUGCAAGUUUGAAUGACUACAGUGAAACUUGUUGAUACAUGCCGAGCAGAUGUCAUGUGAAAGACAAUGAGCUUCUGAACAGAUUUCAUUGUAGUUUUGUCCCUUCAAUCAUGGUUUUCCUUGUAGUUGGUGUUUUACAGAGCCUGCUAUAGUCAGCAUGUUGUGUACUAUACAUUGUACUAUUCACCAAACAGUAUUUCUCCUUGUCUACAUGACUUAUCCUGCAAGCUACUCUCCUUCAUGGGUGAACCAUUAUUUCUGUGGGAGGUGGGGUAGAAUUUCAAUGACUGUUAUAUAUUUGGAGUGUCCUUUUAACAUAAAAAGAUGAAAAAAAAAUAUGCCUUCCUGGACACAAAUUAGUUAAUGCAAUGCUUAUGUCCAGAAAGAGAUGCAACUUUUACAAAAAAGCCAACCUAGCCAUCUCAUCCACAGAUAUAAUAGUCCAUCCUUUGAUUUGUAGUUUUACGAACCAGCUUCGUCCUCAGAAUUAUAGUCUAUUUAAUACUUAUUAAGAUUAGAAAACAAUUUGUCAGUAAUUUCGUUCAUUUUUCUUUUAUUUGUUUUGAUAAAUUAUUUUUGGUUUUAUUCUUGGCAGCUCACAGCAAGGCUAUGCAUCUGUAUGCUGUAUGCAAACCGGUCUCAUUUCUUAUUAUUUCCCCAUUGCUCUUCAAAGAAAAUUGUAAAUUUUUUGUACUUUGUUGUUGAAUUGUGGAAAUACAUUUAUUUGAUUUCAUUUUAA